ACCCCGUCUCCGUCCACACGCACGGCACGGCGAUCCUCACGGCCUAACCGUCGCUCCAUCCUCGCCCACCUCUCCUCCUUCCCCAAACCCUAGAAUCUCGCCGCGCGGGCGCAGCUCCGCCCUUCGCUCGCCGUCAUUUCCCGGCUUCCCCGCGCAGGGGCUAGCUAGCUAGCUAGCUAGGGUUCCGGCGCACGACGACGAUGGCCGCGGACGAUCUCUCAUCCCCGGCGCGGAAGCGCGGCCGCGACGAGGAGGAGGAGGAGGAGGAGGAGGUCAUCGACGGGGAGGCCGCCCAGAAGCGCGCGCGCGGGGAGGAUCCGGAGGGCGGGGCGCUGCUGGGGCUCGCCAACUACGAGGAGGACGAGGAGGACGAGGAGGCGGCGGCUGCUGCGGGGAGGCGCCGCGCGAAUGGCCGACACGAGGAAGAGGAGGAGGAGGACGACGACGACGACGAGGUUGACAACGACGUGAGGAGGGCUCCGGAGCGGAGGCCGAGGCAAGUGGAGCUGCGCCGGGACUGCCCUUACCUCGACACCGUGAACCGCCAGGUCCUUGAUUUUGAUUUUGAGAAGUUCUGCUCAAUCUCCUUAUCAAACUUGAACGUGUAUGCAUGUUUGGUUUGUGGAAAGUAUUACCAAGGAAGAGGCUUGAAAUCACAUGCAUAUACUCACAGCCUUGAAGCAGGCCACCAUGUGUUCAUUAACCUUCAAACUGAGAAAGCUUACUGUCUUCCUGAUGGAUAUGAGAUAAAUGAUCCAUCAUUGGAAGAUAUUCGACAUGUUCUCAACCCAAGGUUUACAACAGAGCAGGUUCGUAAUCUUGAUAGGAACAAGCAGUGGUCUAGAGCUCUUGAUGGCUCCAAUUAUCUACCUGGAAUGGUUGGUCUAAACAACAUCAAGGAGACAGAUUUUGUGAAUGUCACAAUACAGUCAUUAAUGAGAAUUACUCCUUUAAGAAAUUUCUUUCUCAUCCCUGAAAAUUAUCGGCAUAGCAAAUCCCCAUUGGUUCAUCGAUUUGGAGAACUAACUCGCAAAAUCUGGCAUGCAAGGAACUUCAAGGGCCAGGUUAGUCCACAUGAGUUUCUGCAAGCAGUUAUGAAGGCCAGUGAUAAGAGGUUCCAGAUUGGUGUUCAGUCUGAUCCAGUGGAAUUUAUGUCAUGGCUCUUGAACACAAUGCACUCGAAACUAAAAAGUAGGAAGAGAAACAGAAGCAUCAUACAUGAUUGCUUUCAGGGAGAACUUGAAGUAGUUAAGGAAUUUCACAAGAAGCAUAUUGUGGAAAAGAAAGAGGACGGCGAUGAACAGAAUGGUGAUGCAGGUUCAGAUAUUGUUACUGAAACAUCUAGGGUCCCAUUUUUGAUGCUUGGCCUUGACCUACCACCUCCACCUCUUUUCAAGGACGCCAUGGAGAAAAAUAUCAUUCCACAGGUACCACUCUUUAAUAUAUUGAAGAAGUUUGAUGGCGAGACAGUUACAGAGGUAGUGCGACCCUCCAUUGCUCGUAUGAGGUAUCGAGUCAUCAGACUUCCAAAGUAUCUGAUCCUUCACAUGCGACGGUUUACCAAAAAUAACUUCUUUGUAGAGAAGAAUCCUACUCUAGUGAAUUUCCCCGUGAAGAACUUGGAAUUGAAAGAUUACAUCCCAUUACCUAAGCCAAAAGAUUCCGAGAAGCUACGCUCAAAGUAUGAUCUCAUAGCCAACGUUGUCCAUGAUGGCAAGCCAGGCGAGGGAUGUUACAGAGUAUUUGUACAGCGGAAAUCAGAAGAGGCUUGGUAUGAAAUGCAAGAUCUUCAUGUUACCGAGACUCUUCCUCAGAUGGUAGCUCUUUCAGAAGCCUACAUGCAAAUAUACGAGCAGCACGAAUGAGUGAUGAUUGGUGAUCAUCAUGUAGCACCUUGCAUACCGACCUUUCUUUUGUUGCUUCUCUCAGAUUUUAUCAUUAGAAGCUAAUCGUCAUGUCUGGAGCUUUUUUUUUUAGAGAACUAUGGUUGUUCCUUUACCCUUGUUCCAUACAGUUAAUUGAAAAGCACAGGGUGAGAAUGCUGUGUUAGAACUGUUAGAUUAUCACACCGGAGGGACUAUAGGAGCUAGCAGCAGUAAAAUAUAAAAUUCAUGGGCAUUUUAUUUCCCAGAGCUUUGAUUGACCGGUUGUUUAAAGCAGAAGACACUUCGGUUUCCAAGUAUUUUCCCUUAUUUAUCCAUGGAAGGGUGAAAAUGUACAAGGGGUGUUCCGUGCAAUGGGAGGCCUGUUCUGUGCGACGAGUGGAGGGAGAAUUGCUUUAAGUGGUACUGUAGAAAAGAACUGGUUUCUUUGACAGCAAUGGAAAUAUUAUGCACACAAAGUAUACUUAGGUAUACUUUUAAUGAGGUUUUAGUGAAGUUGAGGACACUUGCAAUAAAAUUUAAUGAAUUGACAGCAAAA